CCACGCGCCAUUAUAAAAACACGAAGAAGACGAGCGUGUACUAGGUCGAGUCUGGCAGAGGGCUACCGUCAAUGGAUUGACAUAAGAAGGAUUUGCCUUUUAUCCGGUGCUUUGGUCUCUGUGCCAGCAUGCCAGUGCUACAGUUCAGAGAUACGUUAUGAAGACUGUAUUCACUCGAGCCUAAGGAAGAUCCAUCGAAGAGAAAUGCUGAAGGAUCGCUCGUGUCGCACAGGCGGGGAAUAUUAUUAGCCCUCAGACACUGCAUCUGUCUCUCCGGUAGCCAUACAUCUAUAUGUCAUCGGUGGAAAAAUGUCAAUGUGAUCUUACUUGAAACAGGGAACACUACAUGAAAGAUCUUAAAAGUUCUGUUGCCCAGAGUCAUCCUCACUGUUUCCCAUGCCGGCUAUCCUGAACUCCUCCUCCCUCAUCCUCACUGGCUUCAGCUAUGCCUCACACUCCCAAAGCACCCAAGAAGUCAUCUCGUGUAUCAAAAAAGCAAAAUGUUAGUAGGGUGAAAGCUUCCAAGACUAGGAGGCAAAGAGUCAACUUGCUCAAAGCAAAUGGCAAGAUCAGGAAGGCCACAGACAAGAAACAGGCAGCCAAAGCGACCCAGAGGACUGUUGACAGCAGGCCCAGUAAGAGGACUGUCAAGAAUGUCCUCGUUGCUAAAGGAUCCAGGCACACGCGUGGUUCUUUGAACAAAAAUGGCUUGUUGUCAAAACUUAAUGGGAAAGGGAAGUCACCACGCAAUAGUGUCUCAUGUCCGAGGGAAGUUGAGUCCUACAGGAGAGUGGUUACAAAGAAAAAGGGAGGUCUGGAGAUCAGGGAACAGGAUACUGAUACUAAAAGGUCAGAAGUUCAUGAUGCUAAUGGUGAUGGACAACAAAAGGGUGCUGUAAUUCCCACUGGAGAACUGGAGGGUGUUAACAUAAGCUCAGAGGAAACUGCGGAGGAUCACAGAGAAACUGUUGUUCACAACACUGACGACACAGAGGAAGAGACGGUAAAAGCAGGCACAGAAACUGUGCAAAACGAAAGCUGCUCUGCUCCUACAGAGCAGACGAAAACAGCGUUUGUUGAGCAGCAUGACAUUCACGACCCCGUCAAUAAUGUGGGCUUUGUCUACAACAAUAAUACCUCAGGCCCAACAACUCCCUCCCCUUCACAGUCAGAUAAGUAUGAUUCAGGUCAGAUUGAAGAGGUUCCACACAUGAACUUUCCCGACAAUUCUUUUCAAACCACUCCAGAAAACUCUACAGAAGCAGAUGAGACUGUGGCCUCCAAAGUCUGUCAGUCCUCCAAUGAAUCACCAGCACUUGAAAAAAUUGCAGAUGCUCCCCAGAAGGAAAAGGAGUUUGUAAGCACUGUAGACGUGGACCGAAAAGACGAAAAUGAUGAUGAUGAAAUGUCGAUGAAGAAAGAGGGGGCGCUUUCUCUCCUCUCGCUGAGCAUGACCAUUUACAACAGCACUCUUUGUGAAAUGGGCCGUGGGCCUCAGGCGACGUCUUCGCUCUCCAGUAGCACAGAAAGCACCCAGUCCUCGUUUGACAGUGACUCCGAGUUGGUUCUGGAGCAGGGGGUGUCUGGAAACCCUUCUCUCCAAGUUGAGGAUAUUCAGCUGCGUUUACUUCAAGUUCAAGAGAGGGGGUACAGGAAAAAGAGAAUUCACUGCGGUGUUUGCACACCUUGCCUGCGCAAGAUCAACUGUGGGGAGUGCAGGAGUUGCCUGAACCGAAAAACGGGCCAUCAGAUCUGUAAGCUCAGGAAGUGUGUUGAGCUGAGGAAGAAGCCCCUCAUGAUCUAUACGGGAGAGGUUGAGUCAGAGGCAAACUCAGUAAAUGGCACAAGCUCAGAGCAGAUGGAGGAGACCUGUGCGGCACCAGAGGAAGAGGCACAUUACGUAUCCUUAACACACAAUGUUCCACCUGAUGUUCCCACGCCUCUCCAGCAUGGCUUGUUACCAGCACCUCCUGGAAAGGAGCCCAGGGCCACUGAUGUACUUCUCCCUCACAACAGUUCUCUGACCUCUCAUAAUGGUGCUAAAUACAUGACACCAAACACUGAGAGGCAUGUGGAUCCCACUGAGCCACAUGCCACAUUCCAUAGAUCCACAUUUAAGAAAAGUUGUGAAUCUGAGUCCGUUCAAGAACAGACAGUUCCUCUGAAGAAGAUAAAACUGGAGGAGCAAUGGGUUGAGAUUGAUGACCCACACUCAAAGCACUUAGAGACUAGCGGGUGCUACGAGGAUGCUUUAUCUACGCUUGCAGCUGUGGUCUGCUUCUCCAGUACAGAGAGGAAAAGUCUAGAGGAGAGGCUUUUUGGGCCUCAGGCCUCAGACAUGUGUUUAAAAACUGAGCCGAAAGAAGAACCAUAUCAGUGUCAGUUAAAUAAAGAAGAAAGUCCAGAAGAACCUCCUCAGAAUGAAAACAUUGCACUAUCUUUACUCAGUGUCCAGUCUCUGGUCCAGCAUAGGAAUAUAAGCGUUGAUCAGGCUAUAGCUAUUGAGGCCUUGACCCAACUGGCAGCUACCCCACAAACAGUGCCCUUUGAAACAGAAAACCAGAGUCAGGACGCUCAACGAGAAACGUCUACAUGCUCCACUUCAAGCAACCACAUACCUCUUCGAGAGGCUAAACCAGUUUCAGAUGUUUUCUCUAACAAGGUCUCGGUAAUCAGUUCAUCAUUGCAACAGACUUCUGUCAUCCGCAACCCUCUGAACAGGCCGGCCAACUUCACCCAAAGUCAGCAUUGUGCAUCUACCUCCAGAAAACUUUCCUUUAAAGAUCUUCUGGCGGCCAGCUCAGAAUGUGAAAAGCUGUCGUAUACCACGGAGAACCACAGAAAUGGCCAAACACUUUGUAAAGCUGACAGGUUAGAAGGCACUUUCAAGAAGUAUAAGCAUGGAGAAGCGACUCAAAUCUCGAGAAAGAGGGACGAGGAGGAAGUUGCAGCUCAAUUGGUGCAGCUUGCGUUCAUGAUUGAAUCCAGGCAGACGCAAGUCUCGGAAAACAAUCCCCCGAAAGGUAUGCCGACUCAGACCAUGAAAUACAAUCAUAAUUAUUUGGGGCAGCACUUAAAAAAGCAAAGUAAACCUAAAAUGACACCAUCAAAACCCAGGGUGUCCAAGAAGAAAGCUGUUGAGAUCGAGGGCAACCAUUGUAGGAUUCCAUUGGCCAAGAGGACGCCCAACAGGAAAACCCCACUCAAGGCCACCAUUCAGAAAGCCAUUUCACAACAAAAGAUGAGGUUCCAGCACAAGAGGAGUCCGUUUCUUCCACAAGCGCAGAUAGACCUGAAAAAGUACAUAGCAGAGGCUCAUCACGAGAACAGGCAGCUCUUAUACUACAGCAACUCUCUGAAGAAAGAGCACUUUGAAACGAUCUUAGGUUCUGGUAAGCAGAAUGGCUUUCACUUUAAAUACGAGCAUGGAGCUCAAAGUCAUUCUUUACCACCACCAAACGGGCUCUUUCACAAUCAUACAAAUGACCAUCUAGGUGCUAGCCAGUGGCCAAAGCAUGAAUGUGAACAACAAAUGAUUUCUCAGGUAUCGAAAUCCUACGAUGUGCUAAAUCAUGGUGCUAAACAACAACCUCAGCAGACCAUGGCCAGUGAACCCUGUAAAGACUCGCCGCAAAGCCCAGUGAUGUACCAUAAAGCCAAUGGCUUUAAUGAUCAUCAACACUUGCACACAAAUCAAAAUGGAUUUUACAAAGUGGAGAAGUCUGGAGGUGUUACAGUGUUGUCCUCAUCCAAUGUACAUUUGGAGAAUGGUGAUGUGGCAUACACUGGAGAACAGACUCCUACCAAGCACACGAUCAACAGCUUUUUGGAGUCUCCAAUGAGGUUCUUGAGCACACCGACCAAGAAUCUCCUCAACACCCCCUCCAAACAAACCACAGAGCUGCCCUCCUGUGACUGUGUGGAACAAAUAACUAAGAAAGAGGAGGGUCCGUACUACACUCACCUUGGAUCUGGCCCGAAUGUAGCAGCAGUGAGAGAGAUGAUGGAGAACAGAUAUGGUGAGAAAGGCAACGCAGUCCGUGUGGAGGUUGUUGUGUAUACAGGCAAAGAGGGGCGGAGCUCACAGGGUUGCCCAAUCGCCAAGUGGAUCAUACGUCGAGGAAGUGAGGAAGAGAAGUUGCUGUGUCUUGUGCGGCAGCGUGCUGGUCACUGCUGUCAGAACGCAGUUGUAGUCAUUCUCAUCCUGGCCUGGGAGGGGAUCCCACGCAGUGUGGCUGACAGGCUGUACCAGGAGCUCACACAGACUCUCUGCAAAUAUGGCUCACCCACUAACCGCCGCUGUGCCCUCAAUGAGGAUCGUACAUGUGCGUGUCAGGGUCUGGACCCAGAGACCUGCGGUGCCUCUUUCUCGUUUGGUUGCUCCUGGAGUAUGUACUACAAUGGCUGCAAGUUUGCACGCAGCAAAAUGCCCCGGAAGUUCAGACUGCAGGGAGACUAUCCUGAGGAGGAGGAGAAGUUGGAGAAAAACUUGCAGAAUCUGGCAUCAGAUUUGGCCCCUGUGUACAAGAAACUUGCUCCUGAUGCAUUUCAGAACCAGGUGCAGCAGGAGCAGCAGGGGCAGGACUGUCGGCUGGGCAGGAGUGAAGGUCGACCGUUCUCCGGUGUGACUGCAUGUGUGGACUUCUGCGCUCAUGCCCACAAAGACACACAGAACAUGACCAAUGGAAGCACUGUGGUAUGCACUUUAACCAAGGAGGAUAACCGUGCAGUGCGGAACAUUCCAGAGGAUGAGCAGCUGCAUGUCCUGCCGCUCUACAAGAUCUCUGACACGGAUGAGUUUGGCAGUGCUGAGGGCCAGUGGGCCAAGAUAAAGUCUGGGGCAAUGCAGGUCCUCUCUGCUUUCCCAAGAGAAGUGAGGAUGUUGGCUGAGCCUGUCAAAUCAGCACGCAAGAGGAGGAUGGAGGCUAAAAAAACCCAUGCUGAGAAAAUAAGUGGCCUGGACAGUAAGCAGGGCACCCCUGUAAAAGUGAAGAACGAGCCUCUUAAAGGUUUCAAACACAACUCUGUUGAACAUUCACCAUGUUCAGAAAAGGAUACUCGUAAUUUAAGUUCCACAAUGCGAUUGUCUGGGGUUCCAGACAUUGGAGACCGAUUCUCAGACUUCAGCUCUACUGUCCCGUACAACCAGAGUAACACAUGCCGCACACCUCCUGUGGCCUCCGGCUUUGGCUUGUCCACACACCCAGAGUUCCCUCAACCGCAGGAUCCCUCAAGAGAAACCGGCCACAGCAGUGGUUCUCCUCCUCUUAGACACGGACUCGAGAACAUCAGGCAGAUGUCUGAACCGUUCAGAAACUCGUAUCCGAACGAUCCUCUAAGAACGAAUUCGAAAUACUCUCCCUCAUUCAAAUCGGAGCCUGAGGAGAUACGGUGCUUCCAGGGCGGCGCAGCUCCCACCCCGCUCUCCCCGCCAAUGGCUGAGGGUCUCCACAGUCGCUUGAUUCUGGAGGACCACCACAACCCACCGGUUACAGCACGACCCCUGACCCCAGAGGUGGGUAAAGCAGAGGAAUUUUGGUCGGACAGCGAGCACAAUUUCUUCGAUGGGGAUAUCGGUGGGGUCGCGGUGGCUCCUUCCCAUGGCUCCAUCCUGAUCGAAUGUGCUCGACGGGAACUGCAUGCCACCACUCCCAUCCUGCGGCCCAACCGCACGCAUCCCACCCGCAUCUCCCUGGUCUUCUACCAGCACAAGAGCCUGAACGCCCCGGGCCACGGCCUGCAACAAUGGGAGGCUAAAAUGGCCGAGAAGGCCAGGGAGAAAGAGGAAGCCGAGCGUCUGGGACUCAACAAUAGGUCAAAGGAGAUGGAUUCGGAUACGGAGAGCGAAAACGAGACCUAUCCAGAAGAGAGACACAAGCUUCAGGUCCCUACUCAUCAAUCGCUAACAGUUACGAGUGACGGUGUCGUCAUGUCAGCGCCCUACGCCCUCACGCACGUCACUGGGCCUUACAACCGCUGGACGUGAAAUUCUGUGUGCUUGUCUAGCUAAUGCCUUACCUCAGCUAGUUCUCAUCCUUUCAUGGCCGUUUUUAUUUGUGCCCUUCUUCUGUUGUGCUCUUCAUCUCAGCUUUUACGAAGAACUAGACUACCGUUCCUGAGUUUUUAACUGUGAGUUUUGGUGUGUAUGUCAGUGGGGGUUUUUUUUAUUGUAAAGAGAUGGUGCUCAGAACAGAUAUUAUAAAACUGGUUUUAUACAUAUAGAUGAAAUUAGUGCAUAGAAGAUGUGAUUAUUUAUUCUGAUCAUUUUCAAGACUAUUUUGUAAUUUAAUUUCUGGUCCAAGCCUGUUUACUGCAAUAGGAGUAUGUCAUCCUUUAAAUGAUGUGUGUAGUAAACACUCCGAUUUGACAUCGUCAAAUGUGAAUUCUGUAUUCUCGUCUCAACCUUGGGUGCUGUCUUGUCCAACACAUGGUAGUUGCUUUUUUAUGAUGGCAUUGUAGCAGUAAGGUUAAAUGACAAAUAUGAACCACACGUGGGUCAUUACAGGAACUUCAUGUCAGUACAUUGUUUCGGCAUUGUGAGACAGUGUUGGGGGGAAUGCAUUAAAUCAUAAUCAGAUUAGUUUUUUCAAGUGAUUAGUAAAGUAGCGCAUUACUUUUUUCAAUUUAGAACAAAAUAUCUGUUACUUUUUUUAAAUGAAUAACAAGUUGUUUUUUCGUUUAUUCACUGACACCUCUCCUCUUCCCAUGUUGAGAGAAACUAGGAGUGAGGUGCAGAUGCUUUUUAAUUUAACUUAGGGUGUUACAGUUGCCAAAAAUAUAACUUUUGCGGGUUUUGUUAUUAAAAAACAAAUAAGCAAGCCUAGCCCAAAUGACAAAAAGUAAUGCAGAAGAAACACAAUUAGAUACUUUCUAUGGAGUAACACAAUAUUGUAAUACAUUACUUUUAAAAGUAACUUUCCCCAACACUGUUGUGAGACAUAGUACGUGGCAUCCUUUAAAAAGCACUUUGUAUCUUCUGACCAACCUGACCUUUGAAGUUUCUAAGAUGCACGUUUGGUUUAUUCAUCAUUAAGUAUCUACAAUCACGUGUUUAGUGUGGACUCCGUCAUGAUUAUGAAACUUUGCAUAUUUAAGCAAUAAUCAUGAAAGGUUUUAUGCUGCAUUUUGACAAGGUGUCCAAACUGGUUAAUUUCUGGCACUAAUGUAAAAGUUAACAUUAUUUGGUCCCAAUUUUUGAGUUUCUUUUCUUUUUUUUUAACUCCCAAAGAGGUUGAAACAUGACUUGAAAACAGCUUAAUCAUUUUAUACAAUUCAAGCAUGUUAAGUUAUGUUCAAACGAGUUUACUGUAUGUUUUUCACUGGUGCUUUUAAAGAGAUCCCAUGACACCUCCUGAGAUGUCAUUUCAUCUGUUUUUAUUGCUACAUUUUGCAUUUUAAUAAAAAAAAAAACCAGUCAUCUUUUGGUGCAAGGGAUGGGGUAUAUCAGUAUCUGUGCAUUUUUAUACGCAUGUUUGGUUUUAUUUAGGUGCAUUGAAUGAAAAGAUCGAUUUUAAAACUAAUGACUUCAUAAUUGCAUAUGAAUCCAGAGGCCUAGUCAAGAUAUUGGCUCAAACGAAAGGUUUACAUUACUCUUACAUGAGGUUUAAAAUGAACAUACGGCUAAGAUAUGUCUUUUUAAUUUCAUCUUUAAGGUGCUAAAAAGUGUACGUCAGUGUUCAAAACCAUUGUACACUCAAAAUGCUGUGCUUCAGCACUUGAAACAACAUCUUUUCAUGUAGGUUGUGAGGAAAUGUACACAUUAUCUCUGAAAAUGUGUUUUAACUAGUACUCUAGCAAUGAAAAAUAUAGAAAAGCUCAAAAGUAACCCAAUGUGAACCUAUGUUUUGGGGAACUUGAAGUCACAGAGUGGCAUGGGUGCGUUCACGCUACUGUCUCUUCAAUUAAACAUACUUUUGCUGAACAGAGAAACUUUCUUUUGUGUAAAACCAUCAUGUGUAACAAAAAGAAAAUGAUAUUGUAAUCCUGAGUUUGUAUGUAGCUCAGGGAAGGUGCUCAUCAUUGGUGCUUAUUCAUAGUACCAGAGUCCCCUGGCAUUGACAAAUCACAUAAGUGACUCACUAGUUCUGGAUCUUUCUUUUUGGCCGGUGCUUAAUGUUUUACUCAGCUUGAACAUCUUUAGAUCAUGCUGUAUUAUUGAGUGUUUUUCCUCUUGACUUGAUGUGGCACAAAUAAUACUAUGACCUCACAAUCCCCUGAUGGUAAUUGACGGAUACUGAAAUGCAAGUACUAUGAACAUCCAGUAGCCUAAGGGAUUUACCAAUGCAAUUCGAUUCAAUGCUCACUGAUUUUAUGCAUUUUUCUAAGCUAUUGUUUUCCAAGCUCUUUUUUUAUGUGAAUUAUGGGUUGGUUUUUAUGUUGCUGUUCAAAACCUCCAUUUCUGUGUGAAUUAGAUUUAUAAUUAUAUAUGUAUAAGUACCAUAAAACUUUUUUUUUAGAUUUGGCUCAUGUGAUCUUAUUUGAGUUCAGAUGAUUAAACGUGGCUCUCAUUGCAACAGUCCUACUAAUGCAACAUGUUCCUAAUGAAAGAAAUGUUGUUACAUUCCUUUUCAAGUUAAUAUAUUCACAUUAGGCAUCUCUCGCAUGAUUUUCCUCCUUUUUUUGUUGUAUUUUCCCCUCUUUUCUCAGAUCUCUCUGCCCAUGUAACUUUGGAUUCACGCUUCUACGGUUCUUGCAUUGUCUUCCAAUUGAAUUCUCCAAAAUUUGAAUUUAUUUCUGGUUAUGUUUUGUAAAAUGGAAAAGUGGUUCCCCUUACAACAUCUUCAUGUAUAUUAUCAGUUUGACAGCUGUCUUCUGUAUAUGUUGAAUGAAAGCUGUAGUGUGUAAUUUCUGCGCCACUAGCAUCACCAAACAAAAUUCCAUUAAUAAUAAUGACUGUUUUCAGGCAGUUAUCCCAACACUCUCACAGAUAGUCAGGCAAAAUGAUUGGUUAGUCAAUGUUAUUGUGUUGGGCUGAUCACAAGCAAGUUUUGAUUGCUGUUCAGAGAUGCACAUAUGACAUUUUUGGGGAAUUCAACCAUUGGCUUGUUUACCUUUUUUUUUUUGUAAUAUUGAAAGUUAAAAAAAUUACACACUUCAGCUUUAAGUAUGAAUGUAAGCCAUUACAGGCACUGUUGUAGUAUAAUGUGGAAUUUUAAACCUCCUGUUACCUUCAAAACAACAACAACAACAAAAGAACAUAUGACUUGAAGACUUGUUCAUUUUGUGACUUGAAAUGAUCUGUCAAAGAAAGAAAACACCAGCUUUUGAGAUUUUUCUUUUAGAAAAUAAAAUGCACAGUAGUUGUACAGUA